AUGAAGUCGACCACUCUGCUCGGCUUGGUCACCACGGUGGGUGCCGCGGUCGCUUCGGGCAGCCCUUGCACCACCGGCGACGAGCGGGCGUGGAUCUCCAAGCGGCACUCGAUCGACUACGUUCAAAACUACAACGGCCAAUCGGCAAGUUUCAAAUACAGCCAGUACGAUGGCACUUAUUCCGGAUGGUGGUCCAACCCGCAGGACUUUGUUAUCGGACUCGGUUGGUCCAAGGGCAUUUCGAAUCGAGUGGUCAAGUUCAGCGGCAGUUACAACUCCAACCAAGGCUCCUACCACGCCGUAUACGGAUGGCUCGACAAGCCUCUUACCGAAUACUACGUUGUUGAGAACUAUUCCUACGAUCCUUGCAGGGGAAGUGCAACGCAGACGGUCGGAAGUGUUGUUUCGGAUGGUGCAAGCUAUAGGAUCUGCAAACAUACACAGUACAACCAAACCUCGAUCCAGGGUACAAAGACUUUUCAUCAGUACUUCAGCGUUAGACAGUCAAAGAGACACUCGGGUAGUGUCGCUUUGGCCAAGCAUUUCAACGCUUGGAAGAAAUAUGGCUUUGCUAAUGGCGCCGCUCACCCGGAUUUUAAUUACCAGGUCUUUGCGACAGAGGCUUUUGCCGGAUGGGGCAAUGUUGACGUUAAGAUCAGCGGGUAA